UUUCCACCACCCCGACUCGAAUACUGUCGUCUGCUUCUGCUGUGCUAGAGGCGGCUGUGCUGAUCAAGAAACCCUGCUGUCCGUAAAGUCUGCGAUGAAGAGGGCGCUUCCGCCGGUGUCGAAAACUGCGGCGAUGACCUUCGAGGUCGUGGCGCAGUGCUCGUCCUCGAAAGCGCGAGCCUCGAAUAUGACAAUGCCCCACGGAUUGGUCGAGACUCCGAUGUUUAUGCCUGUGGCGACGCAGGCUUCGCUGAAAGGACUGACGCCGGAGCAGCUGGAUGAUCUUGGAUGCAAGAUAUGUCUCAACAACACCUAUCAUCUAGGACUCAAGCCUGGCCAAGAGGUGCUGGACACAAUUGGCGGUGCACACAAAUUACAGUCAUGGCCUCAUAACAUUCUGACAGAUAGUGGAGGAUUUCAAAUGGUGUCGCUCUUGAAGCUGGCUACAAUUACAGAAGAAGGAGUCCGGUUCCUGAGUCCGCACGAUGGCUCCCCGAUGCUGCUGACCCCUGAGCACUCGAUAGAGCUCCAGAACAGCAUAGGCUCUGAUAUCAUAAUGCAACUGGACGAUGUCGUAGCCACUCUUACCAAGGGACCCAGAGUUGAAGAGGCGAUGUAUCGCAGUAUACGAUGGCUAGAUCGGUGCAUAAAAGCCAACAAGAACCCGGACAAGCAAAACCUGUUUGCAAUCAUCCAAGGCUGUCUGGACCUUGAUCUUCGUACGAUCUGCUGUGCUGAAAUGCAGAAAAGGGAUACGCCGGGAAUUGCUAUCGGUGGAUUGUCUGGGGGUGAGGAUAAGGAUCAGUACUGUAAAGUUGUCAACCAUUGCACGAACCUGCUUCCGCGCAAUAAGCCUAUAUACUGUAUGGGAGUCGGAUAUGCGGAGGAUAUGAUAGUUUCGGUCGCAAUGGGUGUUGAUCUGUUUGAUUGCGUGUAUCCCACCCGCACGGCUAGAUUCGGAAACGCAAUCACUGCCGAAGGGAUCGUGAAUCUUCGAAACAAGUGCUAUGAAGCAGACUUUAGUCCUGUCGAAAAGGGCUGCAAAUGUCCUAUCUGCAGAUCUAAAGAGGACGGAGGGAUGGGUAUCACACGAGCCUUUAUCCAUCACCUUGCUGCAAAGGAAACAACGGGUGCGCAUCUACUCACGCUGCACAACGUGCAUUACCAGCUCGAGCUCAUGCGGUCUGCGCGUCGCGCAAUCAUAGACGACCGCUUCCCGCAGUUUGUAAAAGACUUCUUCUCUACGCUCUACGCUGGAGACAAGAGUAAAUAUCCGCAAUGGGCAGUUGAGGCGCUGAGAGAGGUGAACAUAGAUCUCUUGGAGAAGACCGACUGAGGAGGUCUAUGUUUUGAGUAGCUAUAGAACAAUUGUACAAUUCUACGUCAUUCACUGGCUUCUGUAGAAAAGAAAACAUUU